ACAUAUUUAUAUGUUUAUUAAACAUGUACACAUUUACACACAUACUGCAGGUGUAAUAAGGAAAUGCUAACUUUAUCGUCUUUAUGCAGUAAAACAUUUACAUUUGUAUAUACAUUUAUACAGUUAAACUCGUUACAUUUGUGUAUAAAAAUAUUCGAAUCGAUAUAAUACACAAAUGUCAUAUAAAUGGAGAACAUUACAAAUAACAUUAAUAAGUUAAUUCGUCAGGAUCAUAUGAUGGUAUGACAAAGUAAGUUUUAGACACCAUGGAACAUGAAAGUAAGCCGCUUCUAUUUGAUAGUGAUAAUACGGGGGCUAUAUACACAGAAACAGCUGCAGUUAUUGACGACAUAUGCAACCAAAAUGUUGUAAUAAACACAGACGAGGCGCUGCCGAGAACCAAAGUUUAUAAACGUCGUUGGUACAUUCUUGUAGUAUUCUCUCUGUGUGCUAUGUCUCAAGGGGGAUCAUGGAAUAUUUAUGGACCAAUAUCAGCUACAACAGAGAACGCAUUCGAUUGGAAAGACUCAGACAUAGCUUUACUUGCGGCAUGGGGACCUAUUUCAUCGAUUCUAUCAACCCUCCCAUUUAUUUGGCUAAUAGAAAAGAAAGGUAUCCGAGUUGCAUCUUUGCUAGCUACAUUCCUGGUACUUCUAGGUGCUGUUGUACGAUGUCUCACAACAGAUCCGUCGUUUGUCACGUGGACAAGCAAUAUUGGGCAGUUUCUAAAUGGUUUAGGUGGACCAAUAGCUUUUGGUGCUCCACCUGUUCUGUCAGCCCUAUGGUUUCCUGCCAACGAAAGAACUACUGCCACAGCACUGAAUUCUGUAUUAAGUAGUUUAGGACCGGGUCUAGCAUUCAUACUGGGGCCUUAUUUCGUUCCAUUAAGAGAUUGUCAUGACAACAAGACUGUACAAAAGAGAAGCAGCAUUUUCAUUGGAAGCAUCAUGCACAACUGCACCAAUCAAACCGGGAUAAAAGCUGAACGUACAGAUAUCCACAGUUACAUGAUUUACUAUCUGUGUUUUGUCGGUGCUGCUUUUUUAUUGAUGUUAGUAUAUUAUCCAACAAAGCCGAAACUACCACCCACGUUAUCAGCGUCAGUAGGACGUUUAGAUUUCAGUUCUGGUAUUACAGUUUUGUUAAGAAAUGUGAAAUUCUGGUUGAUUUUUGUGACGUUUGGUCUUUCUCAAGGUGUUUUUGGAUGUUGGCAGGGAGUGUUAGAUGUUAUCUUAAAGCCACACAAUAUUUCAGAGAAUGAAGCUGGGUGGCUUGGAUUUUAUUCUUUAAUCGCAGGAUGUCUCGCAUCACUCGUUUUUGCUAAAUUUUCUGAUAUAUUUACUCGACACAUGAGAUUACUCUUGUUAUUACUGUACAUAUGUUCAUCCGGAUGUUUUGUUUGGUUUAUAUUCCUUGUUGAAGGUGUUAUUUACAGUUCUACAUUUAUGUUAUAUGCAUCCAUAAUAAUGGGAACGAUGUUCCUGUCAUCGACCUUGCCACUGUUCUUUGAGAUGGCUUGUGAAGCAGCAUAUCCGGUUCCGGAGGGCACCACUAACCUGUUGAUGAUAUGUGGUUGCAAUGUUAGUGGGGUUAUAUUCCUAGCCAUACAAAUGAUACCAAAUAUUGGUACAAAAUGGGCCACGUGGUGUAUGAUGGGUUGUAUAGUAUCAUGUAUACCAGUAUUAGCUUUUCUAAAAGAACGUUACAAUCGUUUAGAAGUCGACGAAAUUACAAUAGACAGUUGACAGAGUGACAUAUAAAAUUUACUUCAUUAUCUCAUUAUUUACGGGUUUAUUGUUCACCAAAUACUAAGACAUUAUAUUUAUAUUUAUCAUAAUAAAUUGUAGAAAACAAUUA